AUGCUUGUUGAUGUUGGAGGGCAUGAACUAAAACCAGUCACUCUAGGCAUAUCUCGUGAUUUACGGGUUGGCCAGAGCUGCUUUGCCAUUGGAAAUCCAUACGGAUAUGAGGAUACUUUAACAACAGGGGUAGUGAGUGGGUUAGGGAGGGAAAUACCGUCACCAAACGGCGGAGCCAUCCGUGGUGCAAUUCAAACAGAUGCUGCAAUUAAUGCAGGUUCGUAA